AUGACAUGUGAUGUCAGUAGACCAUGUGAGAGAUGUAUACAGCGAGGUCUUGAGUCCACAUGUGUAGAUGCUCCUCGGAAAAGGAAAAAAUACUUAGCUGAUGUUCCGCCAGAUAUAUUGCAACUGCAAGAUUUGCACGGAACUCAAUUCCAUGCUACAGAUCUUCGCCAAAAUCAGUCAACGCCGGCAGGCUUUGCUCCUACUGAAAAUAGGUUUCUGGAAGGUUUAGGUCCUAUUGACAGCAGCAGUAACCCAAAUGCACACAAUUCUAAUAAUAAUCUGGGUCGUAAAGGUAGUAAUUUUGGAAAUCCAACACCUUCCUUCUUACCACUUCCUAAUCAGCUACAACCAUUACACCAAUUGCUACCUCUGCAUCAAAUGCAAUCUUCUAACGCUAACAAUCACAACUACAACAACAAUAAUAAUAACAAUCCUAAUACUUACAACAAUAACCACUCGCAUCCUCCCUUUAAAUCACAAAAAAAGAGCAACUUCCUUCUGUCAGCUGCUGAUCUCGAGUACUCUACUCUUUCAUCUAUCCUUCAAGACAAUUUUAUGCAUGCUACUCAUUCUGCCACAUCCACUGAAGCCACUCCAACUUCGAUAGUAUCGCCUGAGAAUAAUCCUGUCAAUGCUCCUUAUACCGCAGGAAAUACACCUUCUCCCAGCAACUUGGCGGAUAUUAAGCAAAAUGCUACCUUCUCUGUACCAGGAACGACAACAACAUCAGCAGCAACUACUGCUCCUAAUGUUCUUUCAUCUGGGGGAGCAGGUCCUCAAGUCCCAAAUGCUGGGCAAUUUUCUGCAACGGGAGCAGCUUCUUAUGAUAAUUCUAUUAACCAAUAUUUUCUAGGACCCACAGAUCCAGGACAUAAAAACAUUCAGAACUUCCCUGAUGUCAUCACAGAGAUUGAUGCAUUGAGAAAAUCUGAUCCUCUGAUAUAUCGCGAGAGGAAUUCCAAACUGAAGCUCUCAUUUGUAAUCGGGGUAAUUGAAGAUAGCAUUGGAGCAUCCGACGAAAGUUCACUUUCUUCUUCACAUCUACAUUUGCAGUUUACAGAACCAGAGCAAAUUUACGAAAAAGUAACAAAGCCAUUCUCCUACACUCCCGGGUACCAUCAGCUUAUUGCUUAUUUGCGAAAGAGGUUUCCAAAGGAAAUGCUUGUGAAAAUGACAGAAUCCAUGGCUUCGUAUAGACCAUCAUUUAUUGCAUGUACAAAUUCCUUGAAAGAGGGAGAUUUGAUAUUCAUGGAACAAUGUUUCCAAAGGACAUUGUUGACCUAUGAUAGUUUUAUUAAUGUAAGUGGUACUCCAACUAUUGUUUGGAGAAGGACUGGAGAAAUUGCAUAUGUUGGAGACGAAUUUUGUAUCUUAACUGGCUGGGCAAGGGAAGAGUUGAUAUCAAAGAAAAAGACUUUUAUUGUGGAGUUAUUAGAUGAUAAGCUGGUUUUGGAAUACUUCCAAUUAUUUCUGAGAAUUGCAUUUGGUGAUUUUUUGGGUGCAACCAUGACUGAAUGCACGCUAUUGACCCCUAAUAAGGACGUCAAAAUUAGAACUGGAUGUAUGUGGACCUUGAAAAGAGAUGUGUUUGGAAUUCCUAUGAUGAUUAUUGGAAAUUUCUUGCCAAUUGUUGACAAUUGA